UUGACAAACAAGAAUGGCGGAUAAGCGUGGGACUGGUAGCUGAUAUCGUUGGUAAGAGGGGUUAGCAAACAAGUUUCCUUAUUACUCUCUGUUAGUGUUUUCUGCUUCAGUUCUCUCCGUGUAUUCUCAGAACUCAAAAAUGGCUUCAAAAUGCAGUUCUUUGGUUGCUCUUCUCUUUCUGCUUCUUCACCCAGUUGUUCUCUCUGCACCCAGUAAUGGGUUAAUCAGAAUCGGAUUAAAAAAGAAUAAAUUGGAUCAAAGCAAUCUGCUUACGAGACAAGCUGAAUCUAGGGAAGGAGUAUUAUUUAAAGUAACUGAAAGAUACCAUUCCAGUGGAAGAUAUAGGAGUUCUGAUGACACAAGUAUUAUUGGACUAAAGAACUAUAUAAAUGCUCAGUAUUUUGGUGAGAUUGGUAUUGGAACUCCUUCUCAGAAGUUCACUGUAAUAUUCGACACUGGGAGUUCCAAUCUCUGGGUGCCUUCCUCUAAGUGCUACUUUUCAAUUGCUUGUUAUUUGCACUCAAGAUACAAGUCAAGCCUGUCUCGCUCUUACAACAAAAACGGAACAUCUGCUGAGAUCCAUUAUGGUACAGGAGCUAUUUCAGGUUUCUUUAGCCAGGAUAAUGUUAGACUCGGUGAUUUGAUUGUUAAAAACCAGGAUUUUAUUGAGGCAACCAGAGAGCCUAGCAUCACAUUCUUGGCUGCCAAGUUUGAUGGCAUUCUUGGCCUCGGAUUUCAAGAAAUAUCAGUCGGUAGUGCUGUUCCUGUAUGGUACAACAUGAUUGAUCAACAACUUUUGAAAGAACCGGUUUUUUCAUUCUGGUUGAACCGCAAUAUUGAUGGGGAAGAAGGAGGUGAGAUUGUAUUUGGAGGGGUUGAUCCGCAUCAUUACAAAGGAGAACACACAUAUAUUCCAGUAACCCAGAAAGGCUAUUGGCAGUUUGAGAUGGGAGACGUACUGAUCGGUGGUGAAACAACUGGAGUAUGUGCAGCUGGUUGCUCAGCAAUUGCAGAUUCUGGAACCUCUUUAUUAGCAGGCCCAACGACUGUGAUUGCUCAGAUCAAUCAUGCAAUUGGAGCAGCUGGACUAGUAAGCCAAGAAUGCAAGACAUUAGUCAACCAGUAUGGAAAAACCAUAAUUGAUAUGCUGAUAAAUGAGGUUCUCCCACAACAAAUUUGCUCUCAAAUUGGUUUCUGUACUUUUGAUGGGACUCACAGCGUAAGUAUGGGCAUAAAGAGCGUGGUGGACAAUAACACAGAGAAGGCAUCUGAAAGUGCUGAGGAUACUGGAUGCACUUUCUGUGAGAUGGCAGUGGCAUGGAUAAAAAAUAGGCUGAAACUAAACGGGACAGAAGACCAGAUCCUAGACUACGUCAAUGAGCUCUGUGAUAGGCUUCCUAAUCCAAAUGGAGAAUCAACAGUUGAAUGUGGAGGCUUAUCUUCCAUGCCAAACAUUUCAUUCACCAUUGGUGGGAAAGCUUUUGAACUCUCACCAGACCAGUAUGUCCUGAAAGUGGGAGAUGGAGAGGCAGCACAAUGCAUUAGUGGAUUUACAGCCUUGGAUAUAGCUCCUCCUCGAGGGCCUCUAUGGAUUCUUGGGGAUAUUUUCAUGGGUCGCUACCACACGGUGUUUGACUAUGGGAACAACAGAGUUGGAUUUGCUGAAUCAGCGUAGUACGCUUAUAUAUGAUAUGUGGUGUAAAAAUGUGCAAUAGUGUGAAAUAUAAGCUUCAAUAUCAUGCUUUUUGACUGUGCAAUAAGGACUUUUCAAGAAAUAGUAUCCUGUUCUCUGAGUGCUAAUUCGUAGACACACAAUAUAUCGGCACUGUAAUAUUUAGUGGCACACUUAAAUGUUGUCUUAGGUUGUAGACUCUCACAUUCUCUAAUGGCUGCACGAAGAGUUUCUACUUUUGUGUCAGCAUUACAAGUUGAAAA